GGCACUAUAAACAGAGAGGCAAAGAUGUGCGCGGGGAGCCAGCCGGAGCUGCCCAGAAGCCCGUGAAGCCGAACUAUCAGCAGCCCCGUCAGAAGGCUGCUUCUGCUGAUGGGCCGGGAAGGAUGGAGAGCCUCAACACCCUCCUGAAGCAAAAAGCAACCGAGAGGCACCACAGGGCUGAGGUCAUGAUUGCCGGAGAGCAGCUGAGGCUUCGGCUCCAUGACAGCAAACUCAUUAAGGACCGUCGUUACCACCUUCGCACCUACCCCAACUGUUUUGUGGCCAAGGAGCUCACUGAUUGGUUGAUCGACCACAAAGAAGCGCCAGAUCGAGAAACGGGCAUCCGGCUGAUGCAGAAGCUAAUGGACCAUCAUAUCAUCCAUCACGUUUGUGAUGAACAUUUCGACUACAAGGAUGCCAAGUUGCUGUAUCGCUUCUGCAAGGAUGACGGGACCUUCCCCCUCAACAAGGACGUGAAGGUGUUCAUGAGGGGCCAGAGCCUCUAUGAGACGCUGAUCAGCAUAGAGGACUCCAUCUUGAAAGUGAGAGAAGAGAACUCAGUGAAGUACCAAAGGACCUUUCUGGGCUGCGAAAUGGUUGACUGGUUGAUCCAAGAAGGGGAAGCCACAAACCGGAAAGAGGCUGUGGAGCUCUGCCGAACCCUGCUCGAACAUGGGAUUAUCCAGCAUGUCUCCAUCCGGCAGCAUUUCUACGACAGCAACAUCCUCUAUCAGUUCCACAUCAAUUUCCGCCGGAGAAGGCGCCUCACGGAGCUGCUCAAUGAGAACUCUCCCAGGUCCCUUUCAGAAAGCCCUGACAGCCCUUUCUGUCUCCGCAAGCUCCACCCUGAGCAGAACAGCUCUUGCUUCCUGUCAGUCCAACCCAGCAAGGAAAUCAAAACGGUCUCCGCAGUCCGAAGGAGUAGUGUCACGUCACUUGCGGGAGUAUCCAACCCCUGCUUCAAUUUCUCCCCAAGCUUGGGUUUCUUGCCAGUUGCAGAAUGCAACCCUAAAUCUGUGUUAAAGAGGCCUGUCACCAAUGAAGAGCUUCUGAGCCCUGGGGCACCAUAUAUCAAGAAAACGCUCACGAUUGUGGGAGAUGCGGUUGGCUGGGGAUUUGUGGUCCGCGGAGGUCAGCCUUGCCACAUCCAGGCUGUAGAUCCAGGAGGACCAGCUGCUGCUGCUGGCAUGAAGGUAUGCCAGUUUGUUUAUUCUGUGAAUGGAAUGUACGCCUUACAUUUGGACUAUCAGACUAUCAGCAGCCUUAUCAUGACGGGGCCUCGGACUCUUGUGCUGAAAAUAAUGGAAGCCAUUGAAUGAGUGAAAAAGCCGGUGCUUUCCUCCCACGCCUUCUUCCGAAAUCCACAAGUAUUUUCAGAGACCAAGUGCACAUUUCAUCAGCUGCAGAUGACACAUUCCGUGAAUGCAGAAU